AUGACAUCAAAUGAAACUGAGGAACAGAGAACAAAUCGACAAAAAAGAAUCAAGGCACUGAGGUUCGAAAGAAAAAUGUGAGAUUUUUCGAAAAAUUUUCCGAAUUUUCCCACUUUUACGUCCAAAUUAGUAAUGAAAUUUGAAAUCUUUCGAAAUUUACUGUUACAAAAGUUUUGGAAAUGGUCCGUUUCUGAAUUUCAUCUCUCCGGUACUGACCUAAAAGACGUCGACCCACUAAAGAAGUCCAUUAUGGAUCCUUCCGUUAUUGCCUGUGAUCCAUUGCAGAAGUUGGUUCGAGAAAACCUUUGAUUUGGUUGCUUAAAUUAUUAUUUAUCUAUUUAUUUUACAGAUACAAUGAAGUAAGAUGUCUUAUGAGACAAUUGAGGAGAUCAGAGAGACAAAGACAGCAGAUUGAAGAAGAUUUUGCUAUUAUUUACGCACAAUUUGGAGGUUCUGAUGGUGCACUGUUGAACCAAGUUGUUAGCUUACGAUUUGAGUGUGGAUUAGCGCGAAUCGAGAAACACAAGGCAUUGGAAAUCGAAAUAAAAAUGUGAGUUUUUGCGGAAAAAAAAACCAAUUUUCCAGAUGAUUCGUUUUUUUGACAGAAACAUCAAAUUUCCAGAAACUGUGUUCGGAAAACCCUGAAAAUGAUAUUUUGAUUUUCUGAGAAGAAAAUGUCUAAAAUAAUCACUUAAUUCGGGAUUUUAUAUUUAGAGACGUUAAUUUGUAGACGUAUUGUAGAUGAACGAAUCAAUCUUUCCGGUAAAUGUCUGGAAAACCCCCUUCAUUCUCGAUAAUUAAUUGUUUUUAAUUAAUUGAAUUUUUAGACGCGAAGAAAUAGAAGCACUUGAGAAAUUACUGAAGAGAUCAGAGAAACGAAGACAACAAUAUGAAGAAGAUUUUGGUGUGAUGUAUAAACGAUGUGGAGAGUUCAUUGAGAAUGUUGGAUCUGCGUCAAAACAACCACAGAAUGGUUCCGUCAUGAAUGCGAUCGAAAAUGUCUUGAAAAACACUGAAAAGUGGAUUGACACAAUACUACUGUUUCAUUUUUUGUUUUCACAAACUCUUUCUAUUUGUUCCUAUUACCGCUAUAUAAAGAAUGAAUUGUAA